AUGAGUCCCUCCAAGCUCCACGGCUUCGCGCAAGUCCGCGCUUCCCUUACCCCUGCCCUCCUCUUCGCGGUCAUCUUUGGCUCGCUUGGCUCCCUCACCUUUGCUUACGACAAUGGGUGGUGGGGUUCGGCACUCGGCGAAGCUGCCUUCAACGAGUUUUAUGGCCAGAUGACUAGCGCCGCCGGUACGCCAACUCUGUCCGCCACACAGCAGUCUUCCGGAACAGCCCUUGGUACGGCUGGUAUCAUGAUCGGCUGCAUGGUGGCGCCCGACUUUUCUCGUCGCUUCGGCCGUCGCAUGUCAUUUGUGGCGCUUGGCAUUACGGCGAUUAUUGGCUCCAUUAUUCAGAUUACCAGUAUCCUUGGCCCCGCCUCGCGCACCAAUGGCUCCAAGUUCUGGCAGCUUAUUGCUGGCAAGAUUGUUGUAAACGCAAGUGUCGGUGUGGCCAGUACUGUUGUCCCGGUGUAUCUUGGCGAGGUGGCCCCAUCCAACAUCCGUGGCCUGAUCGUCAACGUGUACAGUAUCGUUCAGAACAUUGGUGGUAUUUUAGCUACGGGAACCGUGUACGGUACCCAAUACCGCACCGACAAGCUUGGCUGGGUUUUGCCCAUUGGCCUGCAGAUGCUUGUACCUCUGAUCAUGAUCCUUGGCACGCCGUUCCUCCCCGAGUCGCCUCGCUGGCUCAUUGAAACCAACCAGAUUGACAAGGCCCUCCGCUCCGUGAAGCGCCUCCGCGUCUCCGGGUUCGACGCCGAGCGUGAGGUCAACGACCUGUAUGCGGCCAUGAAGCACCACGAAGACAUUGCAGGUGGCAGCUCCUACAUUGACCUGUUUAAGAGCAAGGGUGGUAACCUGCGUCGUACCCUCAUUGUUCUUUCCAUGGGCUGUCUCCAGCAAGGCCAAGGCAUCUCGGCGGUGAACAACUAUUUCGUCGUCACACUUAUGGCCAUGAAAAUCAAGGACGUCAUCGGCUUGCUGCUCAUCCUCCAAUCCUGUGGGCUCGUGUUCAACUUUUUGGUCUCAAUGCUCGGCCCCGACAGGUUUGGCCGUCGCCCUCUGCUGUUGAUUGGUUCCGCCGUCAUGUUCGUGUGCAUGUACGUCGUCGCUGGUAUUGCCGCUGGCACUGGCGGUAACCCAUCCGUUCCCGAGCAGCGCACCAUCGUCGCCGCCUUUUUCAUCUGGGUCCUGAUUUUCUCCGUCUCGUGGGGCCCGCUCACGUGGACCGUCACUGCCGAGACUCCCAGUGCUGCGCUGCGCGAGAAGAGCAUCGCCCUUGGCGCUUGGUCCGGAUACGCAGUCGGACUCAUUGUCAACUUCAUCCAACCCUACAUGGCCAACCCCGAGUAUGGCAACCUUGGCGGUAUGACCGAGUUCAUCUACGGCGGCUUCUCACCCAUCGCCUUUGUCUGGGUAUACUUUAUGAUUCCCGAAUUCAAGGGCCGCUCCCUGGAGCAGCUCGACGAAAUGUUCGAGGCAAAGGUGCCCACUCGUGACUUUGCCACGUAUGAGUGCAUCACCACCAUCCACGGCGACGACAGUGAGGGCCAGGCCACCCAGGACGUUUCGGAGAAGGAGACCGCUGAGCACAAGGAAACUGCUUAG